GCGGAUCGAUUCAAAUUCACAGCUGUGCCCAAGAUAGUGUUGCCGUUGCAAAAGACCUCUCCUGACUUUCAUCCGGCGUCACCGCAGCUGUUUACUAAAGGACAACUCAAACCGAGAAACCGUGGCACCCAAAGCUUAUUCAGAGAGUCUUCAGCGCAGACUGUACCAUGGCAACCGGAAGGCAAGCAAGCAGAUGGUUGUAUAAACACUCCGGAAGUGUUGUAUUUGGACCAGCUUCAGUGGGGUCCAGGCAGCCCGUAUCGCAUAGGAGAUCUCCCUGCAGACUUUCACACUACGGAAAUAAUAAACAAGUAAUGUCCAUCCAUCCAUGUCCAUGCAUUAGUUCGAUGGCAUAGUAGAUAAGCGCCGCGACCCGCGACCAUUAUUGUUAAGCAGUUUUCGCAAUGGUCAGUCACGGGAUGGGUGACCAAAAAAAAAUUUCUCGAGCUAGUCCGUGUUUCGGAAGGUACGUUUAAUCGUUGGUUCCGGCUGCAUUUGCAGUCAUAUGCAUUUGCAGUUAAUAUCCUAGAAUCCGCAUUGGGCCAGCGUGGAGGGUCAUAGCCCAUCCUCGUUAACCAGAUGGUUAACUGACAAAAUAUACUUCCUAGAAUUUGGUUACUGUCGCUCACUUUUAGCCUAUUUUUCCCGAUAAAACUAUCCUUUGUGCUUUCGCAAGGUCCAUUCUAUCUGUGUACCAAAUUUCGUUAAAAAUUUGUUUAGUAACUAAGGUGUGACAACACUGGACAGAGUUACUUUUCAUUUAUAAUAUUAGUAAGGAUUACAUACAAUCCUGCAUACUCGACGAAUCGGUAACGUUUUAAUGCAAAAUUCCGUAAUACGCUCGACGGAUCUUCCGUCAGAUUUGUACUGACCUUUAAGCUUAAAAUGGUCAUAUAGUGAAACUGCUGUCCGCUGCGUAAAUGUUGUAAUACCAAACUACAGAAUGCGUCACGCUCGCACGUGGAACGAUAUAGUAGAGAAGAGCCAAUACCCACGAUGGAUGAAGAAGAGAAAUGCCAUAAUCACCGAUGUGGAAACCAAGGAUUGGAUCUUCAGGGAAGCCGAGAUAGACGAGCUUCAGGACAUCAGAUUGAACCUCCUGCAUAGAAUGCAACAAGAGCAACGUCAGAAGCAGUCGAACAGGACAAGCUUGAAGUUGGCGAAAUUAUGGGCUUGCAAGAAACAGGAGAUGGAGAAGAAAUUGGAUCAUAUAAGGAAGGGGAGAGAUAGAGAGGUCCGCAAGUUGACCGCGUUGCGUCAGGGGGGCGGGAACUCUGGUCGCGUGCAGCGGUCACGCGCAGCGCGUGGGGGCGGGGGCGCAGGGGGCGCAGGGGCGGCGUGCGACCCCGCCGCGGACAUGCACGCGCCCAUCGCGCGGCACGGGUACCAAGCGCGCGGCAGGCACGCCCACAUAGAGUACGACCCGUCACUACUCACAUUAGAGGAUCAUGAACGUAUCGCCGAACCACCCAUUUGGUUGGACCAAUGCGGGCAGAACUUGAAGCGUACAUGCUCCGGUCACCAUCUCCCUCACGAUCCGUCCCGCCUAUGCGAACGGGAAACCAAGUGGAGUGAACAGUUCCUGGAGACAUUACACCACGACCUCAUGAAGGCACGCCUAGGCGCCGCUGUAACCACGGCUGGCCCAUUACACGUGCUAAAGCCACGUCAUGUCCCACCCGUCCCGCGUCCGCCCACACCCGAAGUGGCGGCCGUCGAAGACUUAGACGAAGUCAACCACCAAAACGCGCUACUGUUGCAGAGAAUAUUCAGAGGGCGAGCUGUGCAGAUAUUGAUGUAUGAGGGUCGCACGCGUGCCGCUGAACUAACUGAGGAGCUGAAGACUACUCAUGGUCUUCAGAAGGAAGACAAAAUACGUAUUGCCAGAGAGGAGACCAAGGCCAGGGAGUACAACGCAAUCAGGACAGAAACUGAGCAGAAGGAUGAUGCUAUAUCAGCUCUAGUGGAUGAGUUAUGUGGAGGUGCAGUGUCCGCUGCGCUUGAUUUCCUUGAGAAGGAACUCAAGAGACUCAAAGAGGAAAGGAGACAGCAUGCGUUCAUACUUAUUGCCAUGCGAGAAAAGACGAUGCGCGAAGCCGCAGAAGCGGGAAGGAGACAAAAAGAGAUACACAGAAGGAGAGAACAUGAUGAAAUUUUCAAACAGGUAUUAGGAGUGACUCAGGAGACAGUGGACGCGUAUCUGCAAGAGGUUAUUACGGAAGGAGUGGAGUUAGCAGCUGAGGAAGACGCCGUCAAGAAAGCUUUAGCGCAAGCCGACGGAAUAGAUGCCUCACUGAAGCGACAUGACUCUAUACUCCUUCGGACUAAACACCGCCUUAGACAGCUGGUUACAUGGCCGGAGGCAACGAACCUUCGACCGGAGCUAUUGCCCCCCGCAAGGGGGCGGGGGCUGGCGGCGCAGACGUCACUAUUCAACUACAUGAAUUGUGACAUCGAGAUGUUAGCCGUUAACCCCGGGGGCUCGGCUCAUCGGAUUAUAAUACGGUCUGAUCGAUGUAGGUUGGACGUUCUGACGCGAAUUGAUAAUGAAACUUAUUCGGAACAGAACGAGCUGGUGGCGGAAUUAGUUCAGCAGUUCUUGCUGCCCAGCGUCCAUAAGGCGGCGUCACGUCAUCACAUCACAGCUGUGCAAGAGGCACGCUUGGAGGCCGCCAGAAAUACUAUAUUUGGCUUAUUGGACGAUGCUGAGAUAAAGGAAGCAUUCUGUAUCCGAUGCGGUCAACCGUUGGACGAGCUGUGCCGUUGUAGAGAAUGUCAUCUGGAACUGGAGCCGACGGAGACAGUGUACAGACGCGACCCUCGUUGGAAGCACACCAGAUCUGCGUCCUUGACAGAACGGAUUCGCAGCUGCGAAAACGUCUGUAGGAACCGUUAUGGUGAAGAUGUUGUUUUACUGGAUGAUGUAGACAACUGGCAAGGGAGACUAAAGGAUGAUUGUCUCCCUCCGACUCGGCCAGCCCCGCCAGAGAGGACGAUCAGCGAACGAUUCCCACCAGCUCACGACUUCAGAUGCAUGCUCGAUAUUUUGGUUGACGAAGUGGUGUCAUAUUCACGUGCUUCGCGCUCUGAACGAGUAAAGACAGUGCAUGAGAUCUCUCGACGUGUGAAAGAGAGGGUCGAAGCCACUCUGGACGCUAAAUCUUUUGCCGAAGAAAUAUUCGAUCGCGCUACCGGCGCCUAUGAGGAACCUCAUCAUCCGAGCUACCAUCACUACAUGAAGAAGAUCAUUGGCGAGGCCCUCGAUAGAUCUGAGCCCUUCCACAAGCAGACCUGCCCAAAAGAACUUCCGUCAGAGAUAAGACGACGUAUACAGGACGAGGCGUUCAGAUUGGACCCAUCGUGUAAAUGUGAUGAGGAAAACAAAAUUAAAGUACGCAUAGCUACAGAUGAUCUUGAAGCGAAUAGAGAGUUGGGCACACUGCUGCCCUCAGAGGUUAGGAUCCUGGAGGACAUGCGCCGCUGCAAGUGUGACACCAGCCCUACACCUAGUCCCGAUAUGUAUGACGACGACAAUUUUGUCACGGACGCGUCGGAAACGAUUUCGCCGGAAAUCGCGUCACCGGAGCCGGUUGCAAGAGCGUUACCGGAUGAAUCGAAGCGGAUGUAG